UCAACAGAGAAGCUGUGCAAAGUACAAAAAAAAAAAAAAAACAAUGGAGAAGAGAAGGAAAUCUGGGUCCGUACUUCUACUUGCUUUUGCCCUCGUUCUUGCUUCCUUAGCCUCUGCUUCUGGCUCUUCUUGUUCAGAGGAUUCUGCUCUGGAGAAGGACAGGGUGCAGACUUUGCCAGGGCAAGAUUUCAACGUUGAAUUUGCCCAUUACUCUGGUUACGUAACAGUUGAUGAGGAGGCAGGGAGAGCUCUCUUUUACUGGUUCUUUGAGGCCGCUGAGGAUCCUGCAUCCAAACCUCUUGUUCUCUGGUUGAAUGGGGGGCCUGGAUGUUCUUCAAUUGGUUAUGGACUGGCAGAGGAAGUGGGACCUUUCCAUGUUAAGCCAGACGGCAAAAGCCUUUACUUGAAUCCUUAUUCAUGGAAUCAAGUGGCUAAUAUUUUGUUCGUUGAUUCUCCUGCUGGGGUCGGAUUUUCCUACUCAAACAACACCAAUGAUGUGUUGAGUAAUGGAGAUGAAAGGACUGCCAAGGAUUCCUUCAAUUUUUUACAGAAGUGGUUCAAACGGUUUCCUCAGUACAAGGGACGUGACUUCUAUCUAAGUGGAGAGAGCUAUGCAGGGCAUUAUGUUCCUCAGUUGGCCCAAGUCAUUGUAAGGUCUCAGAAAUCAACAGGAGACAAAUCAGUUAAUCUGAAGGGAUAUAUGGUGGGAAAUGCUCUGACUGAUGAUUUUCACGACCAUUUGGGAGUCUUCCAAUUCAUGUGGGUUGCCGGCUUGAUAUCAGAUCAAACAUACAAGCUGUUAAAUGUUUUAUGUGACUUUGAGUCAUUUAUACAUUCAUCAGAACAAUGUAACAAAAUCCUUGACACUGCUAGCAGUGAACUUGGAAACAUUGAUCCAUACAGCAUCUUCACUCCUUCCUGUCCCGGGAGUGCUACUUUUUCACAGAAUAAACUGCUCAAAAGAUUACACUCAGUUGCAAAGAUGGGUGAAAAGUAUGACCCAUGUUCUGAGAAGCAUUCAACAGUUUAUUUCAACUUGCCUGAGGUUCAGCAUGCACUUCAUGUUAAUCCAGCGGCUGCACCAUCAAAGUGGGAAACCUGCAGUGAUGCUGUGUAUGACAAUUGGAGGGACUCUUCUAGAUCCAUACUACCCAUAUACCAUGAGCUUAUAGAGCAUGGCCUUCGCAUAUGGAUGUUCAGCGGCGAUACAGAUAGCGUACUUCCAGUUACAUCCACUCGGUACGAUGUUGAUGCUCUCAAACUUCCAACUGUAACUCCGUGGCAUCCCUGGUAUGAUGACGGUCAGGUUGGUGGGUGGACACAAGUGUACGAGGGGCUAACAUUUGUUACCAUGAGGGGUGCUGGCCAUGAGGUUCCUCUUCAUCGACCCAAGCAAGCCCUCGUACUCCUCAAGUCAUUUUUGGCGGGAAGCCCGUUGCCUACUCUCUCCGAGGUUGAAAACUCUUAAGCUUGGUUUUCACCUUCGAUUGCUGCAGGCUAAUGGACAUUUCAAGCUUCUUCAGCCUCCAGUACUCUAAAUGAAAUGCAAGAAGAAUGCAGAUACCUUUUCUUCAAGACUAUUUAUGUACUCCCCACCCUUGCAAUAGACUGGCAGAGGGAGACUGUAUUUUAAGCAUGAAAUAAAAAGCUGUUAGUUGUACAAACAGCCACACCCUUUGACCUUCACUUUUCAAAACUAUAUGAGCAUUUAGUUCAUAAUUAAAUGUGUAUCAAUGCCCUGUUCUUGUCA